AUGUCUGCAGCCCGGAGUUCGUUCUUCUCUACGCUGCGGUCCGGCGUCGCCUCGACCGGCACCCGACCGCAGGUCUCAUGCCGACCGCUGGCCUCGAAUAUUUCCAGCCUGCGGCAGGCCGCCGCCGCAAUUCACACGAAGCCGGUCCUUUUGGACGAGGGAAAGUUCAGGCAAAACGGUAUUGAGCCGCUGUACAGCGCCAAGGGCUUCGAUCUUGCGUGGACCAAGUACCAGGAAUAUCUUUGCAAUGAAUUGACGAAGGCUACUGCCGGUACUAAAUAUGAUGGAAUCUCGCCUUUUGAUACUCUGCUGGCUACUGCGCGAUACCCGGAAGAGACGGUGUUGUUCAACUGGUCGUCGCUUGCGCACAACAACCAUUUCUUCUUCCACACUCUGAAAGGACCUAGCAGUAAAGACUCCACCGGCCCGCUGCCCGCCCUCAGCCGUGCCAUCGACUUGCACUUCACGGGCGUCGAGGAGCUGAAAGACCACAUGUCUGGCAUCGCGCGCUCGAUGUGCGGCAACGGCUUCGUCUGGCUCGUGGAGGGCCCGAACAAGCAGCUUUUCGUGACGGCGACGUACAACUCCGGCACGCCGUACGACGACGCCCACGGAAUGAAUGUCGAUAUGAACGGACCCGUGUCGGAGGCGACGAGGAACUCUGUGCGCGAGAACGAGGCGAUGCUGCGACAGAGGGCCAAGAGACGGCCGGACUGGCCGCUGCCGCUGCUGUGCAUCAACGUGUGGGAGCACGCGUACCUGACAGACUACGGGUUCGAGGGCAAGGAGGAGUACUUUGAGAACUGGUGGAAGUCGAUUGACUGGCACAAGGUCGAGGAGCGCUUUAGCUCGGUGUCGGUGUUCAACGAGGCGAAGGAGGGGAGAGCCAGUCUUUGA